AUGUCCGCUGUUGAUAUUAUUUGUUCACUAGAAAAGUAUGUUGUCGAUUUUGUAAUAAGUCUGUUAGACGAAAAAAAAAAAAAAAUUUUGUCAAAAGGAAAAAUUAUAGAUAUAACGAGAUUAUUUUAUAUUAUUCAAAUAGUAUUAAUAAAUAUAAAGAAUAAUAUAUAUACAACAUUAAGACAAAUAUUUUAUAUCAAUCCUAAAUUAUUUAUAUCUCAACGUAAUUCUAAUAAAAUUAUUGGAAAGUUGACAAAAAUUAUAAAAAAAUCUAGAGAACAAAUAAAUAUAUAUAAUGCCCCGAAAGGAAUCAUAAGGGGAAAUAUAUUAUUGAAGGAAAAAAAAACAAGCAAUUGGAUUGACUGUAUGAAUGUUUUCGAAUUAAGGGGACACUUAAUAUCGCCUUUCGGAGUGGAGAAUAUAAAUAUUUCAUCAGGUGUUCAAUAUAUUUUAAUUAUUGAAAAAGAAACGAUAUUUUAUAAAUUACUUCAAUCUAAUUAUAUAUCGACAUAUGGACCAACCAUAUUAAUUACUGCAAAAGGUUUUCCAGAUAUAAACACAAGACAACUUUUAUUUGAAAUACAAAAAAGACAUAGAGGAUUAAAAAUAUUUUGUUUAACUGAUUAUGACGUUUAUGGCCUGAGCAUAGCAUGUACUUAUGCUUCCAAAAAUGAAUCUAAAAUUUAUUACGUUGAUGAUAUGUCGAUUGAGAACUUGGAAUGGUUAAUUUUAUUUACCCCUGAGGAGGGCAUUAAGAAAAAUGUUAUAAAAAAUACUGACCUUACUAAAUUAACUUUAAAGGACAUACGAAUUUUGGACAACAUUUGUGCUAAAUUAAAAAACAAUAAAAAAUAUAGUUCUGCUGAACGGAAUAAUUGGAUAGAGAAUAUUAGCAAUAUGAAAAAAUUUGGAGUUAAAUAUGAAAUAGAUGCAAUCAACGAUAUUGAAAAACAUAUAAAUAAUCGCAUUAAGGAGCUUUUAUAA